AUGGGAAGAUCACCUUGUUGUGACAAGAAUGGAGUGAAGAAGGGACCAUGGACGCCUGAAGAGGAUCAGAAACUCAUCGAUUAUAUUCGAUUUCAUGGUCCCGGUAAUUGGCGUAUUCUCCCUAAAAAUGCUGGACUCCAAAGGUGUGGAAAAAGCUGCCGUCUUCGAUGGACCAAUUAUCUAAGACCGGACAUCAAGAGAGGAAGAUUCUCCUUCGAGGAAGAAGAAACUAUCAUUCAAUUACACAGUGUCAUGGGAAACAAGUGGUCAGCAAUAGCAGCUCGUCUACCAGGAAGAACCGAUAACGAAAUAAAAAACCAUUGGAAUACACAUAUCCGUAAGAGACUUAUAAAGAGUGGCAUUGACCCUGUUACUCACUCUCCGCGCCUUGAUCUUCUUGAUGUAUCUUCACUUUUAGCAGCACUAUUCAACCAACCAAACUUUUCAGCGGUUGCAGCACACGCAUCAUCCCUGCUCAAUCCUGAUGUAUUGAGGUUGGCCUCUCUACUCUUGGCCCCUCAACAGCCACUUCAAAACCCUAAUCCAAUUUACUCAUCGAACCUCGACCAAUAUCUUCAAACUCCAGUCACAUCAGUGUCUUCUCAAGACUCUCAACCACAAGCUGAGUGUACAAUCCCAACAAACAAUGAUCAAACUUCAUCUUUCGAGUCUAUAAACGCAAAGCUCAACGUCGGUCCUGCAGAUGUAUUACCUCCUCUGUCAGAGAGUUUGGACUUAGACUCACUCAUGUCGACGCCGAAGUCUUCUCCACAGCAAAAUAGCACUGAAGCAGAAGCCAACUCCAGCAGUUUCUUCGACUUUGGUUUUCCGGAUAAUUUCACCUUUGAUGAAUUUAUGUUAAUUUAA